AUGCUAGGGAGAAUCACAAAUAUAAAACUGUUUAGACGUCUGCAGCGAUUUGAUAAGCGCAGUGGAUUUUUCACAAUAGGAGGGCCCACCCUGCUCGUUCUGUUCACCGUCCUCGUCGCUGGGACCGUGAUCGUAGACAAGCAACUGGAGUGCAAAUUUGCGCGUGCAAGCAGCCUCUCCAAGCGAGAACUCACUCUCAGAGAGGAGCACGAUGAAAUGCUGAAGAUGCUCUCCGCCGUUACGCCAACGGACCAACUAGACAACUCAGUUCCCUUGCCGAAGAUCGAGGAGUAA